CACCACUUCUUUCUAGCAACGACGACGACAACAACACGCACAUGGACACGCUCACUCCCUCAGCUCAAUUUCUACCUUCGCUCAAUAUACCCAACCAAUGACCUCUCUCCUACCACCAUCAUCACCACGCCAUUACCACCUCUCCACGCAGCCAGCAUCCCAACCACACCCACCAAACGAGCAAAGCGGAGAGCGAACACGCCGCCACCAAGCCAUGCGAUGCCACGACAAGCAAGCAAGCAAGCAAGCAGCCCCCCAGCCACAUCAACAAGCAACGCAACCAGCAAGCAUCAAGAAAGGAACAGAACACCCCCUUGAAAAAGAUGUCAUACAAGAAAGAAUAAAGAAGAAGAAGAGCAUUAUAUAGUAUAAUAUAGUGUGGUGAAUGAAGACUGAAGAGUCUGGUGGAGUGACAGACAGGCAGGGAGACAGAUGGGUUGGUGUUAAAGUUGAAGACUGGUAGUAGAAGACAGGAAAAGCAAGACAAGACAAAGCAGUAGU